AUGACUUCUAAAGGCGUCACGUACCGCGCGGAAAGCUCCAAACCGACAAAAGUUUCGAUCCUGUCACCUCGUUUGCUGUCGUUAUUUCCGGAGUCUUCAUCUGGCAAUCGUCUUCUGUCUCCAACAUUCUUCAGCUUUCAAAAAAAUGGUUAUCUAUCGCUUCCAGAAUUGUUUGAUGUGAGCAUCAUUAUAAGUAGUGAUCAAAAGCAGCAACAGUUUCUACUGGAUAUUGUUUUGGAUGUCAGUGGAGCAAGCGUAGUCCUGAAGAACCUCAUCGCUAAGAUGAAGCCGGAGAUGAUUGAUAUGAGAUAUGUAAAACUUCCACUUAUCGAAGAACUCUUCAGGAAAGAUGAGAAAUGGAUUCAAAUGCGCAACUCAUUCACCGAAGAACAAACUGCAAACUAUAAUCAGAAAGGUUAUGCUUUCCUGAACGAAGAUCAGCUGAAUCUCAUCUAUACAAAACAAGACCAGUUGCUGUCUGGUAUUAACACUACCAAAUUAGGAAUGAUGUCGAAGGAAGAAAAAAUGAAACGAUUAGAGAGCGAUAUUCGACACUUGGCAGCAUUGGGCCGACCAGUAUGGCCAAUGUGGGAGAACGCUCGAUCAAUAAGGAAACGUCAAGCAAGCAGUUCAACGUCAUCUCCCCCUAAACACAAUGGUAAUGGUGAACACGAAGAAGCCAGAAUAAACGGUGUACUUUACGAAACUCUUCACCCCUUCGCCUUCACACCUAUGGUAGCAAAAGGUGCUGCGCUGGAAGCUGUCACAUUGUCACCACACGCCUUCAUUCCGGAAAUUAUAAGGCCGCAAGCACUUGUUUUGGAAACUCUUUCACCCCGUGCAUUUAUUGCGGCUAUUCUAUCGCCGUCGGCUCUUGUUGCUCGUAUUAUUUCUCCGACUGCUCUACGAGCUGAAGUUCUUUCGCCAAGAGCACUUCAUACAUGGAUUCUCAGUCCAGAAGCUUUUAUCGCGGAGGUGUUGUCCCCUCAGUUCAUAGAUCCACGAGUGUUGUCUCCAGAAGCUCUCAUCAUCGACGUCUUAAGCCCAGAUUUCCUUUCACCACGUAUAGUUUCGCCCGAGGCAGCCGGCAUUAUCAUCUUGAGCCCUAACAUAUUGUCACCUCGUGUAGCGAGUGAAGAGAAACUUCUUGUUGAGGUACUAUCACCACAUAUUCUUGGUGGUUCUCAUACGCGUGAAGAAGCCAGUCGUGAAGUCGUUCAAAUCGGUUCCCGCAGUGACGAAGGAGAGAGCAAUGAGCUUCAACCUGCAGGACAAUCCAUUAUUCACUAA